CAAUGCGGGAAGUAGUUGCGUACUUGAAAGUUCACGAGUCUUCAAGAAGCCAAGUGACAUGUCGUGUUUCAAAUAACGCGUGCAACGAAUGGCAUUAAUCUGCGGGGAAACGUGAAGAUAUCAAGCCAAGUCUCGAUGAAUUCACGUCUCUUAUUGUGUUCAUAGUGGAGGACUUUGAUUUUGGUCAGAUUCUGCACUGUGGAAAUAUACUAUUAUGACCCAAAACAAAUACGGAGAGACACGGAGGCUUUCCAAAUGGAUGGACUAUGGCAGUGUCAAUGGGGAAGGACAGUGGGAUCCAUGUCCUACCUGCCAGGGCACAGGACGCAUACCAAGAGGUCAGAAGAACCAACUUGUGGCAGUCAUUCCUUGCAGUGACCAAAGACUGAAACCUCACCACACGAAACUGUAUGUGUGCAUGUCAGUGGGACUAUGCCUCCUGACAUGCUCACUGAUCCUGUUUUUUCUCUUCCCUCGGAGCAUGGAUAUGUCAGCUGUGGACCUAAAAUCGUCUAUGGUUUAUUUCACUCCCAAUACAGUUAAAAUGGUAGUCACAAAUGAACUGAACAUUACCAAUCAAAACUUUGUGAGUAUCCAAACGGAAGACAUUGAUGUACAAGUACUGAUUUUAGAGACUGUGGUUGGCAAGACCAAGUUCUCAAAUGUCACCAUACUGCCUCCUCGAUCAGAGAAAAAGAUCAUGGUUGUAUCUGAUAUUGUUAUUGAUGACCCGGGUCUCAAUAACUACUGCAAAUCACGUGCCAUUCAGAUUCACACUUUAUUCUUGCAUUUGCAAUUGACUAUCAGAGUCUCCUAUUUGUCCCAUUCAGAGCAGAUGUCAACAGAUACCUAUGAGUAUAUUGACUGUGGAGUGAAUUCUACCGUACCACAUAACUUUCCUUUGCUCUGAGACAAGACGAUUGCCAAUGUAUGUCCCUGAAUGUUGAUGUCUUUGAAAUCCAAAAAUACUCAGCCUGCAUUUAAAGGGAUUGUCAUUUUAUGCUGUAGUUUACUGUUGUCAUUAAUGUAAAUAAGGUGUUGACUAUAUUGACAGUAACAUAUUAGAUGCAAUAUAAAUAUCACUGGAAUAAUUAAUGUUUACAGUUAAUUUACAUCACUUCUUGUUAGUGUUUUGUUAAUUAGUGUUUACAUUAUAUAAACUUGUUUUAAAAUUUGCACAUCACAUUAAAUUGCACAUUAAGUUGUCUUUA